AUGACAACAUCCGAAGACAAUCUCUACUAUGAUUCUUCCAGCAUCAUCAUCUUCUCGGUCGGGUCCCGCUACAAUAGCUACUACUGGAAUAUCGCCAGGACAUACCUUAUCGACUCGGAUGUUGUGCAGAGCAAGGCGUACAAAGUCCUUCUUUGGGCCCAUGAGGCUACUAUUCUUGCGGUGAGGCCAGGGAAAAAAGCCCGUGUGGUCUACGAGGCUGCUCUCUCUGGAGUGAAAACCGAUGCCCCCGAUUUUCUACCUAACCUGACAAAAUCUGCCGGGACAGGCAUCGAUCGUGAGUUUCGUGAGUAUGGGCUGAGUCUUGAUGCAGAAAACGAGAAAGUGCUGAAAGUGGGGAUGGCCCUUAAUGUUUCGAUUGGUUUUCAGAAGCUACAGGAAAAGACAAAAAAAGGCCCGAAAGCCCAGAGUUUCUCGAUGUUGCUCGCCGAUACGGUUCUCGUGACGGACGGCGGGCGUGAUGUUGCCACGACAGCCAGCUCGAAAUUGUUUAAGGACGUCGCGUACCCCUUCAGUGAAGAGGAAGAUGUAGAUGAGCUGCUGAAAAAGAAACCAAAGUCUAAUAGCAAUGCUGAAGAAAAAGAAUUCGUGUCCUCCAAAGCAACCCUCAGAUCCGACAAUGGUGAGCUGUCCAAGGAGGAGCUCCAGAAGCAGCACCAGGCAAAACUUGCCCGCCGGAAAAACGAGGAGACUGCCCGGCGCCUUACCGGAGUUGAGUCGGGUAAUGUGAACGGGCGGGUUGCGGCUCGGAUUGCAUACAAGAGCGUGAAUGAGGUCUCACUUAUGCUUAUCCGAGAUAUGAUGACGAUCCAGGUCGACCAGAAAAACGAGUCCAUCCUGAUUCCCAUCUAUGGCUGCAUGGUCCCUUUCCACGUGUCCACUGUGAAAACCGCCACAAGCCAACAAGACACGAACCGGAGCUAUUACGUGCGUAUCGUAUUUAAUCUGCCCGGACCAACCCAUCAGAGUGUCGUUUACCUGAAGGAGGUCUCUUUCCUGUCCAAAUAA